AUGGCUGCUCCACUUAAUCUAGAAGAAGAUAGUGAGUUAUGGGAUAUCGUACUGGAUGGACCGUUUAUACCAAUGAUAGAAGAAAAGGAUGGAGAGAAAACCAGUCUUGUUCCAAAGCCUAGACAGAACUACGAUGAAGCUGCUUGUGAGUCUGCUAAAGAAAUUUGGGAUUGUUUAAAGACAGCUCAUGAAGGAACUGAACAAGUCAAAGAAUCAAAGAUUGAUAUGCUUACCUCACGAUAUGAAAACUUCCAAAUGAAGGAGGGAGAAACCAUUCAUGAGAUGUUUACAAAAUUUUCCUCCAUUACUAAUGAGCUGAGAAGUCUUGGUGAACCUAUUAGCAUGAGCAAACAACUCAGAAAAGUACUUCGAAUUCUUCCAAAAUCCUGGGAAAGCAAGGUUGAUGUCAUCACAGAAGCUAAAGAUUUGAAGGUGCUGACAAUGAAUGCUUUCAUUGGAAAUCUGAAGACACAUGAGAUGAAUAGAAAUCAUGAUUCAUCUAAGAAGGAAGUCAAAAAGGAUAAGUCAUUAAUGCUGAAAUUUCAAAAAAUUGUGAGAAAGAACAAAGGUUUUAAAAGAGGAACAAAUGGUCCUGGAAAUUCUACUCAAGGUGAUACAUGCUACAAGUGUGGAAAAGAUGGACACUUUAUUAGAGAGUGUCCUCUGCUCAAAAAUGAAAACAAGGAACAUCAAAAACCAAGAAGUGACAAACAGAAAAGAAGGGACCUGGUACUCGGUAAGAGUGCUCGAAAGGUUGCUGCUGACUAUGUGGUCAAAAAGGCUCUUGCUGCUUGGGGUGAUUCUUCAAGUGAUUCAGAAGAUCCUGAUGAACCAAAUGAUGUGUCUAUGGUGGCUGUGCAUGAAGAGGAAACCAUUUUCAAUGAAAUAACGUUGGCAAAGGUUAUGAUUGAUUAUGUAAUUGAGUUAACUUCUGAAGGAGACAUCAUGAAUGCUGAACUUGACAGUUUAACUGAAAAAAAAGUUAAACUAGAGGAGAAAAUGUCAAAAAUGGUGUCUCUAGAGUCUGAUAACACUGAACUUAAAAACCAGUUGAAUCAGAUAACUGAAGAUGCUGAAAAGCUAAAUGGAAUGUCAAAUGGUUUACAAGUUGAAAUUCAGGAAAAAUUGAAAAACUCUGAGAAAAAUCUGGGAUUGUCCUUGGAGAAGAGUAGCAAAUUAGAAAAGGAUAUUGUCAAACUUAUGGAAGAACUUGAAAAAUCUCUUAAGUGGACAAAAUCCUCUAAGUUGUUGUCAAAUGCAACAAACCAGAGUAAUUUCAAUAAGAAAGGACUAGGAAGUCUGAACAUCACUCCUCCUUUUAAUCCUCACAGAAAGUAUGUGUUUGUGUCUGACAAUCUGCUUUGUCUUCAUUGUGGUAAAAAUGGGCACUUAAAGAGAGAGUGUGCUGGCUGGAGAAACUCCUAUGAAAGACUCUCUAAUUAUGAUGAAAGGGAAAACUUACCAAAAGAGAGACCUGGUCCUCCAAAGCAUGUUUCAACUGAUAGAUUUUCAUAG